GACUCUUCUGGCACUUCGCCCCGAGCUUUCCUCGAGCGCAUCCUCUCGCCUCGGACCGCGUUCUCGUGUCAGUGUCGCCGCGACGCCAGCCACAGUCGCUCAGCCAGUCAGUCAAUCGGUUGAUAGUCGGUGAACGGUUGAUCGAUCAGUGGAAAGAUCUGGGAGAGACGUCAGACAAUUGGAAAAUUUAAAAAUCGGCUCGGAAAGCGAGAAGAAAAUUUAGGGGAAAAGUUAGGCUACUGUGGAUAGUUUGGAGGGAGUUUAAAAAAGAAAGAAGAUUAAAAAUCCUGUCUGAUCUGACCUAUAUAAAGAGAUCCAAAAAGAAAAAUCGAAAAAAGAACGAAAACGACCCGAUUUCCAACAGAUCCUGCUUCUCCUUUUAUCACGUACGAGCCAGUGAAGAGUUCAAAGUUUCGAAGGAUUCCCGCGGAAAGGUGGCCGGAAGUGCGUUCGCGACUCUUCGCGUGAUCAGUGACCGAGUGGAAGUAAGGGUGGAACAGGUGUUUCCCCAACACGGUGGUGGUUGUCCAGAGAUUGUUCCCGAUACAAGGUGACGAUAAAAGAGGAAAGGAAAGGAAAGAGAUAUACAAACGAAAAGUGUCGAAAUAUUGUGUUUUUUUCUUCGAAAAGAGCGUUUGCGUUUCGAGAUCGAGGGAGGGAGGGGGGAGGGGGGAGGGGAUUGAUCUCGCAUGAAGAUGGAACCGUCGUGGAAGGAGGAGGAGGUGGAUUUAUAAUACUCUACGCUCGCCUGAAAUAACAGGAGGAAUGCGCGCGUGGUGAAUCAGCUUCCUCUUUGGAGAGUGCGAAUUUCCUGACGGCGGCCACGCGAUCCUGGAUCAAGCGGCCAGGAUCUCUGGAUCGUGUUCGAGUGCGCGCGCGCGCGUUCGUUCGCCUUGAGAAAAGCCAGAAACGCCAGAAGCUCGCGACACGGAGGGAACGAGAGAAGAGGGCCCUCAUCAACUCUGGUUUUUCUUGGAAAGGAGUCGCGAUUGAAAAUCAUCCAUGCCGCGCCACUAGAUACCCUUGCCUAUUGUCGAAGAAGUCGGGAUGGCGAUUGUAAAAUGUCUCAUCGUUGGGAUACUCCUGAUGCUGGAGAUCGAUCGAACUACCCAAGGACAGCUGGUUCGACUAGAUCUAGAUCAUCCCGACGUGGUGGUAGUAUCGAUCGGUGAAAAAUUGAUCUUACGAUGCUCGUUGACUUCGAAUACGGAAACGACCUGGUACAAAGGCGACGAAAUAUUCAAACCAUCCUCACCGAGAAUACGACUGAUGAAGCAGUCGUUGAGGUUCAAGUACAUCGAGGCCGAGGAUGCCGAUUCAUACGGUUGCGCGAUCGGGUCGACCGAACGGAGAAACGUAACGAUACGAAUCGAAUCGUUGCAGAACGAUGGAUAUCAGCACGAGACUGAAAAUCUUGGUGGCCAUAGAACUGAGGAGGAAACGAAUGAAUUGGAAAUCGAAGCGAGAAACUUGCCAGAAACACGAUCGUUACAUCUCGACAGUGAAAACGUGGAAGUCGAUUUGGACAAUGAAAAAUGCGAGAAUGAAACAGCCGGUGAGCAUAACAACACCGCCCCGGAACGUGCCCCAUCUUUCAAUAAAAGCGUAGAAAUGCCGAACGUGGUUGUGAAACCAGCUGGAAACAUGUUACGAUUACGAUGCCCCAGCUUUGGAAAUCCAAGGCCGAAUAUAACAUGGUACAAAAACAACGAGGAACCGAAAAGGACAUUGGGCACAGUGGUCAUGUCCAAAUGGACGUUCAGAUUAGAGGAUCUAGUACCUGAAGACAGUGGAAAUUAUACUUGUGUGGUGUGCAAUUAUCUGGGAUGCAUCAAUCGCACAUCUAAAGUUGAAAUUGUCGAGAGCGUGAAACACCGUCCGAUACUGACCAGGCCACCGAAAAACACCACGGUUCUGAUAGGAGGCAACGUUACAAUGACUUGCGAAGUUCUUUCGGCCGCGCACCGCCAUCUUGAAUGGUAUCAUGGUUAUCACACCUCUUUAUCUACUGUCAACAAAACCAAUCAAAGUUUCCGGGUGGAGGUCAAGGCUGAAGGCGCAGAAAAUCCGGAAGUGUUAAAGUUAUAUAAUGUAACAGAAAAAGAUGAAGGCUGGUAUACUUGCAUAGCGCAAAACGCAUUAGGAGAAACAUUUAGCAGCGCUUAUCUUCGAAUAGUAGAAUCCUUGGAAGAUCCUGGAAUACCAAUAACAGCGAAACCACAAAUUCUGGUAAACGUUCUGGCCGCAGUUCUCUUCAUUUUCUUCGCCGUGGGCGUAGUAGUCGUCAUAUAUAUUUUCCACCGUUUGAAACGCGAGAAGAUGAAGAAAUUAUUGGCCAUAGAAACAGCACGUGCCGCGGUCGUGACACAAUGGACAAAGAAAGUGAUUGUGGAAAAACAAAAUUUGGUGAAUGCACAAAAUGUUCAAGAACCGUUAUUGAUGCCAGUGGUAAAGAUCGAGAAACAAAAAUCGACAGUAGCCGCAGAGGAUAGUAAUGGAGGAAGUAUAUCAGAGUACGAGCUUCCAGUGGAUAGCGCUUGGGAAUUGCCCAGGGAACAUUUGACUCUGGGUAAUACUUUGGGUGAGGGUGCUUUUGGAAAAGUAGUUAGGGCACAAACCAACACUGGAAAACCUGGAAUACCUUGUGUUGUCGCUGUAAAGAUGUUGAAAGAAGGCCAUACCGAUGCGGAAAUGAUGGAUUUGGUGUCCGAGAUGGAGAUGAUGAAGAUGAUCGGCAAACAUGUGAAUAUAAUCAAUCUAUUAGGCGCCUGUACACAAGGGGGGCCUUUGUAUGUGGUCGUAGAAUUCGCCCCACAUGGAAACCUCCGUGAUUUUCUACGGGACCAUAGACCUUCUUCGGGAUACGAACCAACGAUUGGUCAAGAACCGAAAGAGAAGAAGACUCUCACUCAAAAGGAUCUUGUAUCAUUUGCCUAUCAGGUAGCUAGAGGGAUGGAAUAUCUAGCGAGCAGAAGGUGCAUUCAUAGGGAUCUGGCUGCCAGAAAUGUGUUGGUCAGCGACGAAUACGUGUUGAAGAUCGCUGACUUUGGUCUGGCAAGGGAUAUCCAUUGUCACGAUUACUAUAGGAAAACCACAGACGGAAGACUUCCGGUUAAAUGGAUGGCACCUGAAGCUCUGUUUCAUCGGGUCUAUACCACUCAAUCUGACGUAUGGUCGUAUGGAAUUUUAUUGUGGGAGAUCAUGACACUAGGUGGUACUCCCUAUCCUUCCGUACCAUCGGUAGAAAAAUUAUUCCAAUUAUUAAGAACUGGCCAUCGAAUGGAGAAACCACCGUGUUGUUCUAUCGAAAUAUACAUGUUGAUGAGAGAUUGCUGGAGUUACCAGCCCAACGAACGACCAAUGUUUGGAGAAUUGGUCGAGGAUCUUGAUAGGAUAUUGACAAUAACUGCAAACGAGGAAUAUUUGGAUCUUGGCCUUCCACAAUUAGACACGCCGCCGUCCAGUCAAGAAUCGAGUGAAGCCGACGACGAUGAAGGUGAAGAGAAGUUCCGCUACUUACUAUGAAAUCCUACGAACGAUCGGUUUUAGCCGAAGAAUCUGUACAAUUUUCAUGAGAAGAAAAAAGAAAGAUUCAGAAGAUACAACGAACGAUGAAGCGAAAUAAGUAGAAGCAUGAAGAAGGGAAGAAAAAUAAGAGUAAGAAAGAAAACGAACGAAGAUCCACGAAAAAAGAAAACUAGCCUUAAAGUUUUUUGAAGGACGCUGGUGAAUGAAAAUUAUUCGACUGAUCUAGCGAACACGCCAAAUAAUAUAAAUCAGUAUUGACUUGUUUAGCGCGUAUUUCAUAGAAUUAAGGAAAAAGAAAAAGAAGAGAGAAAAAAGGAAGAUAUUGAUCAAAGAAGAAAACUCCGGCCUUCGAGGAGACUGAUUUUUCUUACGGAGAAUAUUGUAUUUAUUUUCCUGUUAUCUUUAUGCCUUGCAAAAUCGAUUAUUAUAUUAAAUGGAACAUGCGUUUGUUCCACGUGAUUCUUGUACACGUUUAUCAAAUUUCAAAUAGUGAACAGAAUCAUAUCAAUUUUUUACAAUUAUUUUAAAGUGAAUCCUAAGCAUGCAAAAUUCGAUUUGAGAAUAAAAUUUUCGAAAGUUAUCCUAGUAAAUAAACGUCCUAGUAAAUAUUUGUUGAGAAUGAGAAAAUUAAAUAUGUAUAAAAAAUAAUAGAAUAAUUCUCAAAAUAAAAAUUAGUAGAAUAUAAAAAUAUUAGAGCAACUUCGAGAGGUUUUUAUUUUCAAAAUGAAUUUGUAUUCUAAUUUUGCAAAUAUAUUUAUAAAAACUCUCGAAAUUUGUUUUUUAUUAUUAAUAUAUUGAAAAUAGAAGUUAUUCUUGAAGAAUCAAUAUCAAUAUGUGCAAAAAAUACUAAAAAAAAAAAAAAAAAACAUUAGAUUAAUUCUUAAAAUAAAAAUAGUAAAAUAAUUUUUGAAAACUUUAUUCUCAAAUGAAUUCGUAUCAUAAUAUGAUUACAGUGAAUAAAAAUUCAUAUGAAUAUUACUCGAUCAAGCAAUUGUGAUCUUUUAUUUAUCUUCGUUCACUGUAAUCUUAGUCUUAAGCUUCUACAUAGUAAGAUUUGCCUCGUCACGUGACUCAUGUGAUCUAGAUAUCGUAUCUACUCUAUACUACAUCGAUAGCAUACUUGAAAAUAAUAAAAUAUCUUUUAAUAUAAAAAGAAAAUUGUAAUUAUUAUAACUUUUUCAUGUUGAAAAGGACGAAAUUAUGUUGAAUUAGAGGCAAGUCUCAUCAGAAGAUGUACAAUUUUAAAAAAUCUAUAGCUGAAUGUUGUAGAAUUGUGACAUUGAAAGAUGAAAAUGGAAAUUAUUGCUUUAAGAUAUAUUUAUAAUCGCAUUAUUAUUAAUUAUUUAAAACUUUAAAAAAAUGUUAAAUUGAAAGAUAAAUGCAAUUAAAUAAUUAUUGGAAUUUAAUUAUCGAUUUAAUAAUCGAUUUUUAAUUGUAAAAUAUACGUAAAUUUUUGUAAAUAUAAGGACAUAGAACACGGUAAUCAAUUAUAGAAUUUAAAAUAAUAAAAUAAUACUUAAUGACGGCAAUCAGCUACAGAUUUUAAAAAGAAUUAGCAUUAGUAACAGCUUAAAGACUUUGGUGCACAUUUGAACUGAAUGUUUGCAACCAAAGCAAAAUAUAAUAAAGUUUAUAUACGUCCAAUUUUGUACAUGUUAAUACUACAGUGCCAUUGAUAAGUGCCUUGGUAAAAGAAAAAUAUGCGAGAAAAAAAGAACGAAGAGAAAAAAUUCUACCAAGGCUUAUUCUUUGUUAAUACGUAAAGAAAUGACGAAUGGUGCAUAUCAAGUUUGCAUGGAAGAGAUAUCGUUAUAAAAUUAUCUCGAAACGUGUUUGUAACUAGUCAAUUAAUAAAAACCUGUAUGUUUCUCUGUAACAUAGUUCGAACUCAUUAAAGUAUGUUUUAUGCUAGCGUUUAUACAUGUGAACAAAUAGUGGAUAACAAGAGCAUAUUUUCUAAUUUUUGUAGAAAGAAAAAGCUAUUUUGUAGAUCAUAGUGAAGAGACGAGUGACACAAUUCGUUAGUAUUUUUAAUAAAUUUUUAACACAAAUAUUAAUGUUAAUAAUGAUAUACCAUUGUUGAUUUAUUGAAAUCCUGACAAUAGUGUCUUCGUCAAACAGAAAAGAAUGCAAAGAAUCGUUCGAUUUAAACAAAGAUAUUGUAUAAUUUUGUGUUGCGGUGAAAGAAACUUUGCAUAUGACAAAUAAAAAGAAAAAGAGAAGAGAAGAAAAUGGAAGAGAAUUUAUUGCAUCGUCCAUAUGGAUGUAAAAUGCAAACUGAGAUGUAUAAAUGGUGCAUACAAGAGGUGCUUAGUAGUAGAUAAUUUAUUUCUUUGUAUAUUGUUACUUAGAAUGUAUUUUAGAAUGUCGUUAACAGUUUUUUUCUUUUUGUAUCAUUAUUGAACGAGCGAAGUGAGAUAUAAUGUACAUGUAAAAUAUAGAAAGAAUUAAUCAGUAUGAUCAAUGAAAAUAAAAUAUGUAAGCGUGACAGAAGACUCUUUGUAUAUAGCAUCGAUCCUUUUAUUUAAAAAUGUUUUCUCAUGUUUUCUUUCUUUUAUAUAUAUAUAUAUAUAUUUUUUUUCCUCGAGCACCUAAAGGUAGCCAGUAAAUCAGCAUUUACCAAGGUAGAUUAUAUGUAUAGUCUGCGUAAAUAUUAUUGUAACAUGAAUUUCGUCUCGAAUAAAUCACUGGUAAUUAUAUCCACAUUAA